AAUGAAAGCUUUUGUUACAUCCCUAAACAGAAGAAAAGCGCAGAUGAACGUUCCCGGAGGAGACUGGGGCGUCGACGCCGCAUCCGGGCUGCAGAGGGCGCUGUUGUGCAAACCAGAGUCCCAGUGUUUUAUGGCGAUCCGUAGCCUCCGGCGACCUCUCCUCCCUGCGGCUGCCGGGAGCUCCCCCGCUGAGCCUGUUGGACAAGUGAGGAGGAACGGAAGGCAGGAGCACCCAGCGUCCCCCUGCAGGUUUUGUGUGCCUAAACGCAGGCGGUGUCUAGCCCGGCUCCGCUCGCACCUCGCGCUUCCCAGGGCCCGGUCCUCAAGCCAUUUCUCUGCCUGUCGGGACAGCGGCUCGGCCAUGCUCCUGGUGCUCAUUCCGGUCCUGGGGUUACAUUUUGCCCCGAGACACGCCGGAGCCCAGUCGGUGAGCCAGGCCGACGCCAGCGUCACUGUCCCUGAAGGGGCCCCUGUGGAGCUGAGGUGCACGUUCUCCUACGGCGGAGCCGUUUUCCUCUUCUGGUACGUCCAGUACCCGGGCCAGGGCCUCCAUCCUCUGCUCAAGUACUAUUCGGGAGACACCCGCGUUCAAGGCAUCAAAGGCUUUGAGGCCGAAUACAGCAAGAGCGAGUCCUCCUUCCACCUGAGAAAGCGCUCUGCGCGCUGGAGCGACGCGGCUGAGUACUUCUGCGCUCUGAGUACCACAGUGCCUGGGGCUGCAGGGGGAGCUGAACAAAAUUCAGGGGUGCCAGGGAGGAUGACUGCGUCUGGGAGCCUUCGGGUUCUGCCACAGCGGAACCAUGGUGUUCCCGUCCCACAGUGGGAAGUGUUCAGGGACUGCUAGCCAGCGUGGCCGAUUCCCUUGCGGUGUUUGGACGAAGGACUGUGGCGAGCCACAGGGGAGGUCUGCGUUGCAUUCAUCAUUUUGUCUUCCAAUAUCCUGAACACAAGUGAGUCUCCUUUCUAGGCUUAUCUCCUUGCAAGUUUACUGCCUUCUUCGCUUGGAUGCCACCAGUUGGGCAGCUUUCUUCUUCCACGCCCUUCUGCCAUGAUGUUUCUAUGUUGGAACCACA